CGCAGCGUUGUCGCGCGCCGCCCGCCGCCGCGCACGCAUGUCCCGCGCCGUGUAGCGCGAUGCGCGCUCAGUGACCGCCACAGCAGUGACACUCAUGGAGUACCCUCACGUGCCGCCCAUGCAGCCGCCGCCGGUGCCGCCGCUGCACCCGCCGCCCGCGCCGCUGCCGCACCCCGCGCCGCUGCCCUCGCUGCCGCAGCUGCAGCACCAGCACCACCAGGACGACGACCGCUGGAGCCAGUACCACAUAUGGAGGCAGCACGUCUUCGUCAACGGCAAGUCGGUGAACAAUAAGGACACCCUCGAGGACAAGAAGGAUGAGAGCGAGCUGUGGGAGGCGCAGGCCGCCUUCCUCGGCCCCAACCUGUGGGACAAGACCCUGCCAUACGAUCCCGAUCUCAAGGUACACGAAUAUGUGGACCUGGACGAGUUCCUGUCGGAGAACGGCAUGCCGGGCGAGGCGCUGGUGGGGCCGGCGUUCGGCGGCGCGGCGCUGCUGCCGGCGCCCGUCACCAAGCGCGAGCGCUCGCCCUCCCCCUCCGAGUGCAUGAGCCCCGACACCAUCAACCCGCCGCUGUCGCCCGCUGACUCCACAUUUUCCAUGGCGUCUUCAGGGCGAGACUUCGAUCCGCGGACGCGGGCUUUCUCCGAUGAGGAGCUGAAGCCCCAGCCCAUGAUCAAGAAGUCCCGGAAACAGGUAAAUGAUUUCGUCCCGGAUGACCUCAAGGACGACAAAUACUGGGCGCGCCGGCGAAAGAACAACAUGGCGGCGAAGCGGUCCCGCGACGCGCGCCGAAUGAAGGAGAACCAGAUCGCCCUCCGCGCCGGAUACCUAGAGAAGGAGAACAUGGGUCUGCGACAAGAGGUGGAACUAUUGAAAAAGGAGAACCACAUCCUACGCGAAAAGCUAUCAAAGUACGCCGAUGUUUAGACGUCGCGCCGCACAAACACCGACAGCCGCAAACGUGGCUCCGGGCCCCGCGCCCGCCGCGGCCUCGCCGACACCGGCCCGCUGGCCGCCGCAGCAGCAGCGUCGAACCCUCCGUCCUCCUCCCUCCCUCCGACAACCCCCACACCCCGCAUCCUCUAUCUCUCUCGUACGCCUCAACCAACAUGCUCCACUGGCGACCUGUUGACCCGGACAACUACAAAUAAAUUAAUAAGCACCUACCCAUCUUUACGAUUAGCAUCUCUGUUUUACCGACUGUGAUUUUUUUAUAAAAUUGUUACGUGUCCCCGUGAGGGGCUCACGAUCCGUUUGUUUAAAUGAGAAUGAUGGCAUGCUUUUAUUAAAUGUAUGGUAUUCUUUAAUGUUAAAGAGGGUCAGUUACAGCUUGUAUCAGUUUGAGUAUCCAUACGCAUGUAGAUAUAAUACUAGAAACAUUGCAGUUACCGUAGUUAGGUGUAUGAAGUAAUAAACGUUAGAUGUUAGUGAGGUGUCAGUUUACCACAGGGCCGGCGCCGGACGCUCGCGGCGCGUCAGGUUACGUCUAAUAUAAGUUAAUGUUGUUGAAUAUUUAUAUCGAUUAGGCACCGACGACGUGUGCGCAGGCAAGUUUGCUCAAGUGGCUCGCGUACGCAAGUGUAGUGGCUGCGUUUGUAUAUAGCUAGUGGUAGCCCCGCCCCGCUUGUAGGGCCCGGACUAGGUCCGGCCAGGGCGGACGCCGCUUCACGUUCCCGCAUCCCUCUGUCGUAUCCCUAGUGAACGAUUUCAACUUUACUUAGUGAAUAGCUUUUAAGUAGCGUGUAGAUUCCAUAGCGUAGUUGUUAUUAGUCUAUUUUUGUUAUGGCUGUAGUUGUUAAAAGUUUUUGAAAGUUUAUAGUUUUUAGUUGUAAACAGACUCGUUUGUAUAGUUGGGUUGAACCCCGAACGUUGCCGCACACC